AUGUCCAACACAUCCACCCUAGGGCGCUACUUCAAGAUGGAGUCUUCAGUCGACUUCAUCUCAUCCACACCCGUCAUCGUGCGCAGCCAGCACCUCAGUUACUACGUCGCCAUCGGUGCCAUACUAUUGGUGGCAUGGUUUUUCCAAUCAUCACAGACGAGCAAGACCAGUCGAGUAAAGGUGCCUUUCUACAAGGCUUCAAUAUUAAAAUGGUACUUCGAUGCCGAGACUCUGGUUCGGGACUCGUACUCCAAGGUAUAUCAGAUCAAGGCGACAGAGGGAGUGCAAGUCUUGGUGCCGGCCAAGCUGGUUGGGGAGCUCAAAGGUCUUCCCGAGGACGUUCUCAGCGCGACCGAGGCCGUCAGCGAGGCCUUGAUGAGCAGAUACACCAAGUUCUGUCCCGAGAGACACCAGGAUCUGCUGGCGACUUUGGUGCGAACAAGACUAACACAGAAUCUGGCACGUCUGAUCCCGCAAUUGAAGGAGGAGGUUGAGUACAUCACCGCGACCGAGUUCCCCGAAUGCAGGGAAUGGACGCCCGUCAAGUUCCAACCAUUUGCCCUGCGGUGUGUCGCUCGAACAAGUGGACGCGCCUUCGUUGGCCCUUCGAUCUGUCGCCAGGAGCAGUGGAUGGGUAUCAGCAUCAACUUUGCAGUGCACAUAUUCCUCUCGUUGGUAAAGCUGCAGUUCUUCCCUGCCUGGCUCAGGCCCAUCGGGCAGUACCUGGUAUCGGACCUCGGGAAGCUGAGGAAGGACGAGGCGGAGGCCAAGGAGAUGCUGAUCCCCAUCAUUGAGGAGCGUCUGCGGGAUAUGGACUGCCCUGGCUACGAGAAGGCAGAUGACCUGAUUCAGUGGCUACUGGAUGCGCUCCCCGAGGGAGAGAAAAGGGACUACCAAGCUCAGGCAGAGCUGCAACUCAUCCUCAGCGCCGCCUCGAUCCACACGACCAACAAUCUCCUCGUCGACUGCGUAUAUGACCUCGCCGCCAACCCGCAAUUUGCCGAGGAGCUCCGACAGGAGGCCACUGCGGUGCUCGAAGGCGAGGACAACGGCUGGGCAAGGAAGGAUUCGAUGAGCAAGCUCAAGAAGCUCGACAGCUUCAUGAAGGAGGUGCAGCGCCUAUCGGGCAAUGUGACCUCGUUCAUUCGCAAGGUUGUGCAGCCCAUCGACCUAUCCGACGGCACCCACCUCCCCGCGGGCACCAAGGUGCUCGCACCGCAGUGCGGUAUCAGCCACGACGAGCGAUACUUCCCGGAUCCGGACCGCUUCGACGCACUUCGCUUCUACAAGAUGCGCCAGCGCAGUGAAGACGAUAUGAACAGGCACCAGUUCACUAGCAUCAACGACACCAACAUGAAUUUUGGAGCGGGAAAGCACGCCUGUCCCGGACGCUUCUUUGCCAGCAACGAGAUCAAGAUGAUCCUGGCAUACUUCCUUAUCAACUUCGACAUCAAGCUCAAGGACGGAGAAUCGAGGCCAAAGGGCAUGAUGCUGAUGAUGUCAAAGACACCCGACCCGAACGCGGAGAUUUUGUUCCGGAGGCGGACGGUGGCUGCAUGAGGGCAUCGCGCUCCGCCGAUGUCAGCACCAACCAGUUCGAUGGGAGCUGUUUCGAACGUGAUGAGCGAGCGACUUGAACGACAAAACGAUGAUACCCUGGAUAAGUAGAGGAAUUACACCCGACACGUCCCUCGCCCGACUUUACAUAUUUCUCUUCUGCAAAACAUCAGUCGACGAGCAGGAGGACGUGGAGGCAUGCAUUGACGGCCCUAUAGAGCCGGCACAGAGCCGGCACGCCUGGAGCAUAGUGGCAUUAUUCCAGAGGCCUGAGAGGACCCAGGGUCGGUCCCCGCACGAGGGAAAAGAGCCAACGCGGCAUACAAUACAAGGCAUGGGCCUGGAGCUCUUUUGUCGAAAACGGCCUAAACAACAGACCAUAAAUAUUCUAAUGUACAUAAACAAAACAGGGCUUGCCGUGGGAGGAUGGCAAGCGCG